CAGGAUGGCGGGAAGGGCGAUGAAGAAACUAGCACUUGCGGUGCUGGGAAGUUUGCUAGGGCUGUGCACCGUACUGGUACAGGGCGGUGAGGUUAAUAGUGAAACUGCGCUUACCGCACGAUCGGAUCAGUACUACGAUGAGAUGUGGUAUCGAUUCUGGACCUUUCCUGUGACGAUGGCCAUCAAGGCGAAGGUGGUGGCUUGGCUGUUGUUCAUCACGUACUUUAGCACGAUCAUGCAGGCACUGGUGUAUCAGCGAACGGAACCCCAACUGCCGGAAAUAUAUUCCGUGCCGGCCCACAGCGAUUGGGGGUAAGUAAGAAAAGUUUAAAAAAGUGGAUAAAUGUAUCAGAUUCUACACCCUAUUUUCUCAUAGACAUCCACCGAUCUUCACGAGUUGGGGCUAAACUCGUCAACGAUUCAGCGAAGCAAGGAUCACCACUAAGACUGAAACGUUCAAGUGUAUUUAUUUAAACAUAAUAAAAUUGUGCCUAUUUAUUUUAACUAUGUUUUCUAUUGCUUAUGCAACUACUCGCUAUUUACAAUGUAAUAAUAUGUGUAACGUGUACUUACUAAUAGUAAUGCUUCUAUUUAGCACCUUUCCCUUUGAUGCAAAAUAAUUUUCACAUUGCAUUACGCAGUUGCGACGGAGGCACGAUGAUGGAAAGUCACCGCGUCAUGCAAGAUGAGUUCGUUAGUUUCCUUUGGCUCGUUGAACGUUCAACAACCAUUCGUGAUAGUGACAGAAGGAGAAGGAUGUUCUGGGGAUUUAUUUUGAUAUUAGUUAUCAGUGAUGGCUGCAACGCUUUCACCCAACACGACGGAUAUAGCUUAACAGCACUAGCUACAAAAGGAACAGUUGCAAAACGUUCAGAUGAUUAUUUUAACGAAGUUGGUAAGAAUAGAUUUUUAUAGUGGUAAUUUGAAUUUAAAAAUAAUAUUUUCUUCUCCCAUUGCUAGGCUUUUUCGCGCACGUUACCACUUUUGAAGCGUUGGCAAUAGUGGCGUUCGUGGCUAAAGUUUGGAUCUUUCUAAAGACGUACCUAAUUUACGCUC